AUGCGAAGACUGUUUCAACUGGCUAUUCGAAGCAGAAAUUUGAAAUUUGGUCUAGCCAGAAGAUACACAUCAACAGAAGCUUCGACUUCUGAAGAGGACGCAACACCGCCAUCUCUUCGACCAGAUUUGAACUUUGAAUUUCUUCUCGAUGAGAAGAAUUUAGAAACAAUCAAAGAGAAUAUUCUUCACAGAAAAGGAGUCGGAGAUAUUGACAGAGUUCAUGAAAAAUGGGCAGUUAUUCAGAAAAUGAUGAAUUCUGGUGAGAAACCAAGUGAUAUCAAUGAGCAGAAGUAUGCCCAACUAUGGAAUGAACUUUACGAUGAAGCGAUUCUGAUUCCAAAUAUGACGAAAGACGGAGUGCCACGUGGGGGAGAGGAGAAUGCAAAGAAAGUAGCUGAAUGGGGAGAAAAACGAGAGGAUGAUUGUCUGACAGCUGAGAAACUUGUACAGACAUGGAGAUCAUUGUUACAUCCAACUGAUGCUUCUGGACAAAGAUCUUAUGUUUUUCUCGGUGCAUUAGCAAGUUUGGAAAAGGCUCUACUAGAUUAUGCUCAUGAAAGAGUGUGUGCUCUUGGAUUUCGCCCGAUUACUGUACCUGAUAUUGUAUCGGGAGAAGUAACACAAGCAUGUGGAGUAAUGCAGAGAAGUGAUCAUCCAAUUCAAUAUACCCUUGGUGGCGAUGAAACACACACUAAACUAUCUGGAACUGCUGAAAUGGGAAUUGCUGCAUUUUUGAGAGGACGAACAUUUCAAGAAGAACAGCUUCCCAUUCGAUUGGUCUCUCUUAGCAGAUGUUUUCGAACAGAGAUCAGUAAAUCAGCUAGUGAAGCAAAGCUUUAUCGUGUUCACGAAUUCAGUAAAGUGGAGAUGUUCGUUGUGAGUACACCAGAACAAAGUGAUGCAGAGUUGGAUUAUUUGGUUGAAGUUCAAAAAGGAACAUUCCAGGCACUUGGAGUUCAUUGCAGACAGCUAGAAAUGCCUUCUGAAGAACUCGGUGCAUCUGCUGCACGAAAGUUUGAUAUCGAAGCAUGGAUGCCUGGAAGAAAGCUGUACGGAGAGGUCUCAUCAGCCAGUAAUUGUACUGAUUUCCAAGCAAGACGGCUCGGAAUCAAAUACAAAUCUGCUGACGGAACAACAAAAUAUGCUCACACAUGCAACGGAACAGCUCUCGCGUCAACAAGAACACUCAUUUCAAUUCUAGAAACAUUCCAAAAUGACAAAAAAGGAAUUGGCGAGCUUCCAGAACCACUUCGAAAACGUAUAAAACAACGUGGAGGUCCACUUCGUUUUCAGCCUGCAAAGUCUCUUGUCUAA